UCACAAAGACUAAAAAAUAGACACAGUUGCUAAAAGUGAGGAAUACUUUGGACAACACAAUUAAAAUCUCAGUUCGCCCAGUCACCUUGGAAUUUAUUACUGGAAUAAUGUCAACAAACAUAAUCCAGGGGACAGGGGUGUGUAGAGUUUAAUCUGCUGCAGGAUGAAGAAGGAAAAAUGAGAGGAAGAGGAGGUAGCUCUGGCACUUGGCUGGGUCCUGUCAAUUGGCUUGGAGUGGGCGGAGCUGCUGGUUUGCAAACUUGCAGGAGCAGUCACGUACAUGUGAGGAGGACAGUCUGCUAAGGUUUUGGUGUCCAGGAUAAGGAUGGGGCAGGGGACGUCUGUUCCAGAAGACGUAGAGCAAGCCGUGGAGGUGCUGUCGACGAUCAGCGAUGACAUCGUGCAAAAAGAUGAUACUCCUAUGUAUGCAGCACAAAUCGGCUCUGAACUCCAGAAACAGUUUGCCAUCCUGCCAGGGGGGCGAGGGAUGAAUGGAAGCCCCGUCAUCGUCUUCCCAGAAUUCCCAACUUUCAGCGAGCUAGAAGAGGAGGAGCUCCAAAAUGUCCUCAGCUACCUCACGAGUAUCCCCAGUGUGGAAGCAUCAGGAGUGGGUUUCAUUCUGGUCAUUGACAGACGGCUGGACCGAUGGGCUGCCGUCAGGGCCACCCUGCUCCGCAUCGCAGGUUCAUUUCCCGGGAACUUACACUUGGUUCUGGUGUUGCGUCCCACUACUUUGUUCCAGCGGACUCUGUCGGACUUCCUGUUCAAGUUCAACAAGGAUGAGUUCAAAAUGAAGGUGGUGAUGCUGAGUUCUGUGACUGAGCUCCAUGCGUAUAUCGAUCCAGGACAACUAACCAAAGAGCUGGGAGGCACACAGGAAUACCACCAUGACAGCUGGAUCUCACACCGCACUGCCAUUGAGGCCUUUGCCCUCAUGGUGAAGACCACGGCUCAGACCUUGCAAGCGUUUGGCACUGAGCUUGCAGAGACCGAGUUACCCAACGAUGCUGAGGCCACCACCAUCCUGCUGCAGACGCACACACUGAAAAAGGAUACGAUGAAGGAGGACCUGAGGGUGGCGCAGUCACAAGGAGGACGGCUGCUGGAUUGCAUCAACGAGCCUCUCAAGGCAGACCCUGAAUACAACAUGAUGCAUGAUGAACAGGAAAACUUGGCCACUGUGCAGAGACUCCUAGGUCAGCUGGAUGAGACGGAGACGGCAUUUGACGACUUCUGGGAGCGCCACCGUACCAAGCUGGAGCAGUGUUUGCAGCUCCGCCAUUUUGAGCAGCACUUCCGUGAAGUGCGCGCCCAACUCGAUGUGAUGUCCGAGCGAUUGUUGGGCUUCUCUGAGGUCAGCGUAAGCCCCGCCCAUGCUGAGCACGUCCUCAGAGAGCUCAGCGGCCACGAGGAUAAAGCCCGAGACAUCUUAGACCUCGCCUUGUCCUUGGUCAGUGAAGGUGACAGGCUGAUAGAAAACUCCCACUACGCCGAGGACUCCAUCAGGCCAAAGUGCACCGAACUGAGAGGAGUGUGUGAGGAGAUCAGCUCCAUUCUGAGGAGCAAAAAGAACCUCCUGCUAAGAGCCAUGGAGCUCCACCACGCUCUGGAGAAGGCAUCGCACUGGUGUGAGGAAGGCAUCUUCCUGUUGGCUAACCAGCCAGUGGACCGCUGUCAGUCUCAGGACGGGGCAGAAGCAGCUCUACAAGAACUGGAGCGAUACCUGGAUACAGCAUCCCUGCACACCCUCACUGACAGCAGCGCCAUCUGCUGCCAGUACGAGGCGGUGCUCAACUCUCAGCUCAGGGACCAGAUAGAGAGAGUUUUCCAGAAGCAAAGCUCCGUCCAGGAGAUGUUCGAGAAGAGACGCGUCAGCCUGAAGAAGCUCGCCGCUAAACAGACGAGACCAGUCCAGCCAGUAGCUCCAAGACCUGAAGUCAAGUCUCCGCAUUCUUCUCCCCAUCUAGAGAGAAAAGACAGGAGAUACUCUGCUGAUAACGCCCUCUCCAAAAAGGUGGAGUCUCCUGAACACAACGGUGGCACAAGACAUGCUUCUCUUUCAGAAGAAGAAGAAAACUUGGCAGUGCUUCGCCGUCACGUGAUGAACGAGCUGCUGGAGACGGAGAGAGCUUAUGUCGAGGAGCUGCUGUGUGUGCUGGAGGGCUACGCGGCAGAGAUGGACAACCCUGCCAUGGCUCAUCUCAUCCCCAGCAACCUGCACAGCAAGAAGGACAUCCUGUUUGGGAACAUGCCAGAAAUCUACCAGUUUCACAAGAGGACAUUUCUGAAGGAACUGGAAGCAUACACUGACUGCCCAGAGCUGGUGGGCCGCUGCUUUUUAGAACGGAUGAAGGACCUGCAGAUCUACGAGGCUUACUGCCAAAAUAAACCUCGCUCCGAGAGCUUGUGGAGACAGUGCUCCGACUGUGCCUUCUUCCAGGAGUGCCAGAAGAAGCUGGAACAUAAACUUGGAUUGGACUCCUACCUCCUUAAACCCGUCCAGAGAAUCACCAAGUACCAGCUACUGCUCAAGGAGAUGUUGAAGUACAGCAAGGGCUGUGAUGGUAGUGAUGACCUACAGGAAGCGCUGUCCUCCAUUCUUGGGAUUCUGAAAGCCGUUAAUGACUCCAUGCAUCUCAUUGCCAUCACAGGAUACGAGGGUAACCUGUCAGAGCUGGGUCGUCUGCUGAUGCAGGGCUCCUUCAGCGUGUGGACCGAGCAUAAGAAAGGUCACGCCAAAGUGAAGGACCUGGCCAGGUUUAAGCCCAUGCAGAGGCACCUGUUCCUGCACCAGAAGGCCCUGCUCUUCUGCAAGAGGAGAGAGGAGAACGGGGAGGGCUACGAGAAAGCUCCGUCUUACAGCUUCAAACACUCCCUCAGUAUGAGUGCGGUGGGCAUCACAGAGAAUGCCAAGGGAGACAACAAGAAGUUUGAGAUCUGGUGCAACUCGAGAGAAGAAGUUUUUAUAGUGCAGGCCCCGACACCGGAGAUUAAAACGGCAUGGGUGAACGAGAUCCGCAAAGUUUUGACUCAGCAGCUCAAAGCCUGCAGAGAUGCCAGCCAGCAGAAGAGCUCAGACUCUGUGUCCCCAAAUCCCACCAGCAACAACACUACUUCCAUCUCUCUCAGCCCGUUCCGCAGCAGCGGACAGAAGAACCAGAAGAAGCAAGAGGAGAAGAAGACUGAGCCAGCCCUGACCUCUGACAGCAACUCGUCAUCCUCGCCGAAACACAAAGAUGAACCGGUGACCAGUCCAACCACUGACAGGUCCUCAGUGGCCAAAAAGCGUUUUACUUUGCAGGGCUUCAGCAAUCUCAAGAGUCCCAAAGGCUCGACUCUGAGCCCUGAGCACAGCUCCAAACGCCACCUGGUAAAGAGCGAUCCCACACCGUUUGGGUUCAAAGGCUGGAACAAGGCGUCUCUCUCAGCGGACGCCUCAGAAGAGAACGAUGGGUACUCCAGUGGCGAGGACCCCAUGAACUCUGACCCUGAGGAUGAAGUAGGAAAGAAGCUGGCUCCAGGAAAGUAUACUGUGGUAGCAGACUGCGAGAAAGCGGGACCUCAGGAGCUGUCUGUUAAGAGUGGAGACAUGGUCCAGCUGAUCAGAGAAGGAGACGAGGGACAGUGGUUCGUAAAGAACCUUCGCACCAGUAAGGAGGGCUGGGUGGCAGCAGCAAACCUCCUUAGCCUCAUCUCAGAAUCCAAGUCAUCUCAAUCACUCAGCAGCUCAGAUGGCAGCGUCUCUGGGAACCUCAGCACUUCUUCCAGCUGCAGUGAGACCUACACCAGCUUCUCCGACAUCAAACCCUGACCUGAGUCAGGUCUUCCCAGCUUUUCCUUUUGUUUUUUGAUUUUUUAAAUCACUGCACCUAAAAUCAUUUUGUACAGGUGGAAAAUGCUUAAAGUACAAAGGAGAAAAAAAGCUGGAGUUUGGUCUGACAGGAGGAGAGACCCCCACCUCACAGUUUAUAAAUCCAUCUGAAAACCAAAACUUUCUCUGCAGAUCAGCCAGCACUGGCUAAGUGCUAACUGCCCCCCCUUUUCCAGAGUAUUUAGAAGAACUGCACUGUCAUUUAAAAUUGUUUUUAUAUUCAAAGGUGUCAGCAUGUUGUUAGAAUUUAAGUAUAGAUUUUUUUUUUUUUUUUGCCGUUCCUUCGAGCGAGAGAGAAAUAUCAGGGAUAUCUGUCAUUCCUCGGCACACAAGUCAUGUGAUGUAUCACCUCCUGCGAGGCCUUCUUUAAAGCUAAAUGUCCGCAGUCUAAUAACUUAGCGAACAGGCAGUCCAGGCCUAGUGAUUAUGUAGCAUUAACGUGGAGAGGUUAGAAAGGACAUCUGCACUAAACACGAGCCGUCCGCAGAGGGGGCAGAACUGCUGGUUAGUCGAGCCCCUUCUAGUCAAUGACGACGUCGUAGCACGGCAACAGAUUCUUGUGCAGGAGGAUGUUAUGUAGACAGACGCCAUCAGACCCCGGAUAACGCCGGCUUUGGUGUCAGUCGCUGAUCGCACACUGUGAAAAGUAGCAGGCGGCCACAAGAGGAAAAAUGCUUUCAGUACAUCUGGGAGGAAAAGUGAGCAGGUUGAUUGCGUGGAGGAGUUUCGUGUUGUUGAAGCUACUAAAGAACGCUGUAUUCCUCACAUAUGGAUAAUGAGCUUCCCUUAAAAGCUGUUUUUAUAAUAUUAAGAGCCGCACACAGUCACUAGGUGAAUGUCACCAACAGCACAACCUGGUGGUCAGGUGUCUUGCACUUCAUUUUAAACAAAUCUUUUUCCACCUGUGAGCGAUUGAGCAACCUGCCGGUGCACUGCUCUGGAUUUUUACCUCUCAGGAAGAUGUUUCUGUCGGCAGACAGGUGUGACUGCAUACCUGUCUUUGUGUCCGUGUGUGUUGACAACAGACAACAGUUCGAUCAGAGUUUUACAGACACAUGUGCAGCCUCUGCUCAAACAGCCGUCGCGGCCCACAUCUCAGUGUUCUGAAUGUAUGUCUGUUUUUUGUGUCACUGUGCUCACCUAUCUUUGGUCUGCACCGCAGCAACAAAAGCAGGCUUUGUCCCCCUCCUCCUCCUCUCUGUGCAACCAGCCCCAUUCAAGCAUGUGACAGUAGCUGCUUCUCCGCAAGCGGGGUUAAUAAUACCACGGCCCGGACCUGCUCGACGUGUUUGCACCUCCGGCCUGAGAGCAAUACUUUGUGUACUUGACACCAAAAUGUAGCUGAGUAAACGUCACAGUUGAGUAACUAGUUUAGAAAAUCUGAUACGUCCCCUGUUUUGAUGUAGAUUGAUGCCAACCGCCUUUGACCACCAGCUGUUCUGCGCGCAACCUCUGAAACCUGUGCUAUUCUGAACACUGAAUGACACCUUGCUUUUUAAAUCUUUUUAAAAUAUAUAUCCCAGGAUUUUUACUGUAUCCACGAGGUACACUGUAAAACAAUCUCUCCUUUUUCCACCUGCGUUGUUGAAUGUGUGACACUGUUUCAAACAGGAAACCAGCUCGACAAAGCCAUGAUUAACAGUUUUCUUUUUUUUUCUUUGAUUUUUUUUUUCCUUAAUUGGACUAAAAUCAGUGCUUGUGAUUGUGAUUGGCUUCUCGAGAACUUGCUGAGAAGCACUUUUUUUCUUUUAAGAUCCUCCCACUGAACGUAAAGGAAGAGGAAACAAACCAGUUUACAGGCCUUUCGAUGUCAAACUGUGAGCUAAACUGUGGCUUGCAUAGCUGUGCGUCCACGUGCUGAGAAAUAAAUGUUACACUUGUACAGAUGUGUCCUCUUAUACCUCACACUGUUCCCCCUGAAGAGCAUGUAUAUUGUUAAGAGGAGUCUCUCUCUGUCUCUCUGUAUAUCAUCACUCUGUGUGGCAUGUACUUCAUAAGCCCCAUGCUGUAAACCUCCUGGAGAACUAUUUUUUACCUGUUGUACAUUGUGAGAGUUUAUUUUCUGCCCUCUUGAGAAAGCUGACAUGGGCACUAAAGUUGUCAGUUUUUUUUUUUGUUUUGUUUUUUUGGUCACCCAAAUAAAAUCCUACUGUGUAAUUUGUACUUUUUUGACUCAGAGGCUGGAGACAUGAGAAAGGAUUCUAUUUUUUAAGUUUGUUUUUAUGCAGCACAUUGCAGCACCCACUGUCUUUAUUUUCCUAUUGCACAUCUGCUGAAUAUGCUGUUGAUAUAACAGCAUAUUAUGAUUUAAAACUUGUUACAAGACAUAUCCAUGUACAUUUGUAAAUAUGUAAUUCUGACUUGUAUGUAAAUUGAAAAGCAGCUUUAAUAAAGUCUGAAAUGGUUUCCUCUAUUGAA